AUGGACACUGGUUCUCACGCCCCCACCGUACAAACACCGGGCACCGCUGGGCCAGAAACGCCUGAGGGUACGGUCCACGCGGAAGCUGGGGCCCGGGCCAGCCCGCUGGGCCGCAGCCUUGCAGCUCCCCUCCUGACGCCGGGCAGGACGGGCGGCGGACACGCAGGCGGUGCAGAGGUCUGCGGGGGAGGCGGAGGCCUCGCUGCCGCCUGGUUCCCGGACCCGGGGGGCCGAGCCUCGCCAGGGCCCUUGCGGACCGACCACGCUGCCCAGCCGCCGCGGACGCCCCCAGCCCACCCUACCCACCCCAGACACUCACAGGGCCGUGUCCCGGCGGACCCCGACCCGGACCGUGGCCCAGGGGCCUGGCCGCGCAAGGAGGACCGGCCUGGCGGGCGGCGCUCACGCGACUCCCCGGCUUCGCGGCCCGCGCAGGCCCCGCGCGUCCCUGCUCCUGCGGGGCCUCCCCCGGCGGCGGGCCCGCCUCCCCCGCCGGCCAAGAGCGGCCCAGCAGGCCCGGCCCGGCGCGAACAAAGCUCCGCCGGCCGGAGGCGAGCGGCGGUCACGCCCGCGGCCCGAAAGGCUGCGGCCGGGCCGGGCCUCACAAAGCCCCCGCCUCGGACACCCGCCCGCGCCCCGCCCGCGUCCGCACCCCCGCCGAGGCCGAGCGUCCCCACCAUUAUGCUCCGGUGCUCGCCGCCGCCGCGCCAGGCCCUGCCCCUCCGCGCCGGCCCGCCGUCCGCGCCGCCUCCUCCGGGCCGGGCCGGCGGGGCGCGGGGCGGGGGGGGGCUGCGGUCUCCGGGCCCAGCUCCCCGCCCCGGCCUCCCCUCCUCCCCGCCCCGGCCCGGCCUCCUCCCCCCGCCGCCCGCCUGGACCCCGCGCCUCAGGGGCGCCAUGUUUACAAGCUUCCACCACAGAAACUCGCGAGCACCCGGCAAGGCGGCGCGGAGGUCCCGCCGCCGCACUUACGAGGUCUCCUCGCCGAGCGGCGGGCCGGGCCCGGGCGCGGAGUUGCGGCGCCGCCGCCGCCGCCGGGAAAGUUCGCGUCCUGCGGGGCCGCGGAGCCGCUCACACGGCGGGCUGAGCGGGGCGGCCGCCCGCCGGCUCGGCCUCCCACCGCCCGCCGCCGCCCUCGGGCUUUAUUGUGUGGCCGCCGCCGGCCGCGGGCUGGGGCUCCGCGCGGGCUCCCUCCCGGCGGGCUGCCCACACGCCCACACCCACCUUCCCGCCGUCCUGUGCUCCGCGCCUCUCCCUAAUCCGAGCAUAUUCCUAUGGACCCACACAGGCACCCCGAGUCCACACGCACGUGAAAGCUACGUACGUGCGGGCGCGCGGAGCCGGGCGCGGGGCGCACAAAGAUCCGGCGCCCGGAGCAUCGCCCGCGCGGGCCGCGGCCGCGGGCGCUGCAGGCGCCGGCCCUGGGCGGCCCGGAGGGCACGGGUUGGAAAAGCAGCGAGGCCUGAAUCGGCGAGAUCGGCAAAAGGAUGUUAA